AAGAGAUGCGAAUAAAGAUUCGAUGAAGCUCGCUCGAGACGUUUCGACGAAAAGGUUAAUGACGUUAACAAAGUGACGAAUGUACGUGACUCAACCUCACAUUGAGCUUUUGUUUACGACUGUACGUGCUAAAGACGGAAAAGAGGGAUAAAAAUAUAGAAGAAGAGAGAAUGAAAUAUCGAGAGGCGCUGUUGCGCGGUGAUGGUGUGUCGUCGUCGGAGAAGUAUCCCGAAACUGUACCACGAGAUACGUUUGCCGUAACUAUGCAAACUCGACGAGAAUAAGACAUAUACAUAUAUAAUAAUUAUUGACUGGAGUACAUUGGGGCAAUCGUGGCAAUACAGGGAUACACCUAGUUUCGUGGCGGAUAAAAGGGAACAAGAUGGAACCCGCGUUGCGAUCUAAUGGGUUUAAGUGUGUGUGCGCGUGUUGAUAAUGGAGUCUCGUCAAUAAUAUUUUUCAAAAAGUGAAAAAAAAACAUUAAAAGAAGCGUUUCGCACUACCAGUGGUCGUUCAACACGUACCAACGCCCACUAUCUUACGCCAAAUGAAAAAGAAAACUGUUUUAACUGGAUAACGCGAGAUUCGCCUCUCGCAAGUGUGUAUGCGUGCGCGUGAGUGUAUUUCUUUUAGAAGUUUUCGCAUAGAAAUUUCAGUGCUGCGUGUACGCUACUGAAUCGUUAUCAGCCGUGAGGGUUAUUCAUGGCGGAGCGACUCCUUUACGAUUGUGACUCGUUGCAAUCGUUUUAAGAAUAUUCCCUCUCCUCUCUCUCUCUCUCUUGGAAGUCGAGUGCGAAAACCUGUGCAGAGCGCGCGCGCGCGUGUGUGUGUGCACGAAUAAAGAGAGAGAGAGAUAACCGUGCCCGUGUAGUGUCUCUCGUGUCGUUUCGUUUCGUCGGACUCCACAGCAGCGUCCUUUUUUGUUAUUAUUGUUCAAUGUUCUCAAUAAUUCGUGCGUUCCGGACUGGCGUUCAAAUAAAUCGUGAAAUAAACUUCUCUGCAGGAUUUUUCGAGCAGUACGCGGUCCAGUUUUUCGUGUGUGCAGUUCAGACCCUCGUGUGAAUCAGGGCCGCGAAAGGGAGACAAACGAGAAAAAGAAGUGUAUCUGUGUACGUAAGAGAGAGAGAGAGAGAGAGAGAGAGGAGUGAAAGAAAACGGGGAGAGACGUGUGCACGGGAUCAACGGGACGAGUCCGUGGAACGAUCCUGUCUCUGUGAAAAAACGACUAUGAUCAACAUGGAGACCGACAGAAUAAUCGAGGAUACAAACACCAAUCUCCAGUAUCCUAUGACGAUAUUGUACGAUGCGGCACGCAAAAAAGAAUUGUCGUCGAACACUCUGACCGCCCAGUACAGCCAGGAGCGCGACGUGUGUAUGAAAUAUUUCGAGAGAUGGAGCGAACCCGAGCAGGUCCAUUUCGUGGAACAACUAUUGGCCCGCAUGUGCCACUAUCAACAUGGACACAUCAAUACUUUCUUAAAGCCUAUGCUCCAGAGAGACUUCAUAUCGCUUUUGCCAAAAAAAGGAUUGGAUCACGUGGCAGAAAGUAUUCUCUCGUACCUGGAUGCAGAUUCUCUGUGCGCGGCAGAGAUGGUAUGCAAGGAAUGGUACAGAGUGAUAAGCGAAGGUAUGCUCUGGAAGAAGUUGAUCGAGAGAAAAGUGCGAACCGAUUCGGUCUGGCGAGGGCUUGCCGAGAGGCGAGGAUGGAUUGGGUAUUUGUUCAAACCACGUCCGGGCGAGAAUCAUCCGAACCACGCAUUCUACAGAUCGUUGUUCCCAAAGAUCGUCAAAGACAUAGACAGCAUAGACAAUAAUUGGCGAAUGGGUCAUCACAAUCUGCAGCGAAUCAAUUGUCGCAGCGAAAAUUCUAAGGGUGUUUAUUGUCUGCAAUACGACGACGAGAAAAUAGUCUCGGGUCUUAGGGACAACACCAUCAAAAUAUGGGACAGACACACGCUGAAGUGCACGAAGGUUCUGACAGGACAUACGGGCUCGGUGCUGUGCCUUCAAUACGACGAUAAAGCCAUUAUUUCCGGCUCUUCGGACAGUACUGUCAGAGUAUGGGACGCGAACACUGGCGAAAUGGUCAAUACUCUCAUACACCAUUGCGAAGCAGUUUUACAUUUGAGAUUUCAUAAUGGAAUGAUGGUUACUUGUUCCAAGGAUCGUUCGAUAGCGGUUUGGGACAUGACGUCACAAACGGAAAUAGCUCUCCGUCGUGUACUGGUGGGUCACCGUGCAGCCGUGAAUGUUGUGGAUUUCGACGAAAAGUAUAUAGUGUCGGCGAGUGGUGACAGGACUAUCAAAGUAUGGAACACGUCGACUUGUGAAUUCGUUCGAACGUUGAACGGUCAUAAGCGGGGAAUAGCGUGCUUGCAGUACAGAGAUCGCUUGGUAGUGAGCGGUAGCAGCGAUAAUACCAUAAGAUUGUGGGACAUUGAGUGUGGUGCGUGUUUGCGCGUUCUCGAGGGACACGACGAACUCGUUAGGUGUAUUAGAUUCGACAGAAAACACAUUGUCAGCGGAGCGUAUGACGGAAAAAUUAAAGUAUGGGAUUUGGUCGCCGCCCUCGAUCCACGUGCUGUGGCAAACACUCUGUGCCUUCGCACCCUGGUGGAGCACACCGGACGCGUUUUUCGCCUUCAAUUCGACGAGUUCCAAAUAGUAUCCUCGUCGCACGACGACACGAUACUAAUCUGGGACUUUUUGAACUUCAAUGGCUCGGAUGGUGCGAACGGUACGAGCGGGGCGAUCUCGUUAAACACUGCGACAACUAAUAAUCAAUCGGACACCAGAUCUCCAUCGCCGUUCGAGUGACACAUAAAAACGAAUAUUCCUCUAUUGUGAUAUAACUGUGAGUACACCUGCGCUACCGAUAAAGAGUACGCUUUAAUAUUACCGAGAAACGAGCAUUGGCUCCAGAAGAUCUCUACAACGUCGUUGUUGUGCAGCGGGACGAGAGGUUGAUGUGUGAAAUAGAAAAGCUACGGGAUAGAAGAAAGAGAGGAAAAGAGAGCGGAAGGACAGGCGAAUCAUAGGAAUGGAAAGGAAAGAAGACUUCGGUGUGGCAACGUUCAAGGAAGAGCGUUGAGCGUUUCAUCGUUUGGAAUGUAACGAGGAUCGCCAUUGGGGAGACGGACGGACGAGACGGACAGACAAACAAACGAGAAAGCCUGACAAGCGAGACAGCUUUGAGCCGGAUUCGUCAUUAUGAACUGCGUUACAAUAAUUUUUUUGUUAAUUUUUAUUGUGUCUUUUGUUUUCGUCGUUAAUGAUCGCGGCCCCCCAUCCCCCGCCCCACAGGGAAAUACUAUAUAAUUAAGUAAAAUAGACAAAAGAGCAAGAAAGAUGAUGACUCGUGAAAACUGGAUUUAUUUAUACUACUAGUGUGCAGGUCGUACUGCGAAUUAAAGAAGGAAACAAACAAAGCAUAAUAUUAAUAAGCAACAUCACAGUGUGCGAAUAGUGUGAAUACAUCCCAUGGAUGUAAAAAGAAACAAAACGUUCGCUGUUUUCCUCCGAUGAUAUUUGGAAUUCUUCUACGCUCUGUGACACGAUAGAAGUUGACCAUAUUUUCCUACUACGAUGAGGACGAACAGAAACAGGGUGACGAGAAAAAUGAAACUAAAAAACGAGACACCCCCCCCCCCCCCUGAUCGACCGUUUACGAUGGUACACGAAUUAAAUGGAUUGAAAAAUGGCAAAAAGAAAACAACUACAACAACAACAACGUUUUUAGGAAAGUUGGAUACAUUUAACGAUAAUAUAGUAGAUGUAAUAUAGUAAUUUAAAGAUUUUUUAUCUAAUUAAUUUAUAGUAAGCGAUGGUAAAGAAAAACAACAGCAAAAGGAAGGAGAAAAAAUAUAAAAUGUGUCGUUCGCCUCGACUACUUGUACUGUGUGAAUGAUUUAACGAUGUGCGGAUAAGAAAAAUCUAUAGAUAUAUAAAUAUAUUUUUCAUAUAUAUGAGUUUAGUUCAUAUGUAUGAAAAAUUAUACGAUAGAAUAAAUAAUUCAUCAUGGUUGCGAAGAUUUUCGAAAUUGCUACGUGUAUUUAUAUAGCAAAGUUACAGAAUUGCCAAGGAAAAACGAAAAGGAUAAAUCGACAGAGUUCAAAGCGCUGCACUAUAACGAACACGUUAAAAUAGCAAUUCUCGUGAAAAUUUGUCUCCUCCGGAGCCCGCCUCUUCCCCUAGCUGUGUUUAUUAAAUUAUUCAAUUUUAAACGCCCGAAUAAGUUCACAAGCGUUCGCGAAUAUUCCUUCGGUAAAGCGACGCCUCUUGCGACUUUGAAAAAGCUGUGGAGUGUCUGAAAUUCGAUAUUAAUCUGUAAAUAUAACUUAUAUGUCUGUUCUUGAGAUCUCCCGAUAACAAAAAUUCGUCUUCUGUAUCCAUACUAUCGUUUCACGAGAUAGAAGAUAUGAGAACUUAUCACGAAUCUAGAAUCAUGUUUUACGAGGGAAAACAUCACGAGAAAAUCCAUCUCAUACACUUACGCGUUCAACUUCAUACGGUCUAAAUACUAAUUAAUAUUUAUGCAUGUCGAUUCUGUAUUUAAAAGAAAUGAAGGAAACCAGAAUCUAGUUGAAAGUUCGAAAUGGAAAAAACGAAUAUCAACUCCAUUGGCGUUUAAAGAAAUUCGCGUUCGUCCGUCACAGUGUUGCGGGCGAAUAACUCGUUACAUCCUUUUUUUAAUUUAUUUAUUCAUUCUCUUAUUUUUCUGUCCAAGUUGUGAGGACAUUUUUAUGGCCACGCUCUGUUCGAAAAAUCUGAAGAAUCAAACUAUGAGGGAACACUUCGUAUAAACGAAAGCCCCCUGACUCACAGUACCGUUUUUAUGACUUCCAACGCACGGGCAUUCAUUGCGGAAAUCAUUGUUCAACAACGGAAAGUCAUUGAGAAUAAAUAAGAAGCUUCGGAAUAUCGCAUGGUCGGGAAAAUAUCAAUUCAUACUUGGCUACGCCGAUAUUUACAUGUUUUUCUACAGAAAUGAAAAACAGAAAGCUUUGCUUCAUUUGAAUGUUUUGUAAAAUGAAUAAACGACAAAUUACCGACGA